AUGAGUUUUUCUCAUGUUCCUGCGGGGGACCACGGUAGUACUGAAUAUUAUGAUGGAAAAACUCAUCGUUAUGUUGAUUUUCCUAUAACGGAUGUAUUACAAAUGAUGGGUCGUGCUGGUCGACCUCAAUUUGAUGAUUCAGGCAAAGCAGUUAUUAUGGUACAUGAUGUAAAAAAGAAUUUUUAUAAAAAAUUUCUCUAUGAACCAUUUCCAGUUGAAUCAAGUUUACUUAAUGUUCUUGCUGAUCAUUUAAAUGCUGAAAUAGUAAGUGGAACAAUUUCAAGUAAACAAGAAGCACUUGAUUAUUUAACAUGGACAUAUUUUUUUCGUCGUUUACUUGUUAAUCCAAGUUAUUAUAAUAUGGAACCAUUAUCAAAUAAUACGAAUGAACAACAAACACUUAAUACAUAUUUAUCAGCUAUUGUACAACGUUCACUUGAUGAAUUAAUACGUGCAACAUGUAUUUUUGUAAAUGAAGAUGAUCAACGUACAUUACAAGCUACUGUUCAUGCACGAAUAGCAUCACAUUAUUAUAUAUCAUAUAGAACAAUACAUAUGUUUGCUCAACGUGUAACAUCAAAUAUAACAUUGGGAGAACUUAUUGAUGUAAUUUCUUGUGCAUAUGAAUAUGCUGAAAUGCCGGUUCGUCAUAAUGAAGAUGAAUUACAUAAAACAAUGAUUGAUCGUAUACGUAUACCAUUUCGAACUCAACCACAAUUUGAUUCUCCACAUUUAAAAGCAAAUUUAUUAAUACAAUAUCAUUUAAGUCGAUUAGAAUUUCCUCGUAUUGAUUAUGUUACUGAUUUAAAAUCAUGUCUCGAUCAAAUCAUUCGUAUUAUUCAAGCAUUAAUUGAUUUAUGUGCACAUAAAGCCCUUCUAAGUCCAUGUUUACUUUGUAUACAUUUUCUACAAAUGAUAAUUCAAUCACGAUGGAUAACUGAUCCAGAUAUAUUAACAUUACCACAUAUAACUGAUCGAUCAUUUACUCAUAUAUUUUCAUCUCAUUUAUGUCAAUUAAUUGAUAUUAAACAUGAAACAUUAACUAAUAUACUUCAAUCUCAUUUAACAUCAACACAAAUUGAUGAUAUAUAUGAAUAUUUAAUGCGUUUACCACAAAUUGAAUUAAAUUUUAAUAUACGUGGUUUUUGGUCAACAGGUGAAGAAACUCGACAAUUACCAACCAAUGUUCAUGCUGAUCAAGAAUAUACAUUACAAAUCAAAUUGAAAAGAAUUAAUCGAAUACGAAGAAAUGAGUUUCGUCAAUUAACAACAUCAUCAGUUAAUAAACCAAAAGAUGAAUCAUGGAUAUUUAUUCUCGGUAAUACUGAUACCGGUGAAUUAAUAUGUAUAAAACGUUUUAAUCAAAUAAUACGUUCUCAUACAACUGUUUCAUUAUCAUUUGUGACAACAAAUAUUUUAGGACGACAACGAUUAACACUUUAUUUCUUAUCUGAUGGUUAUUUAGCUCUUGAUCAACAAUAUGAUUUUAUUAUUGAUAUUGAAUCACCAUCAUUACAAACACAAGUUAAUACAGAAUUAGAUUCAUUAGUUGAUGAGCUCGAUAAACGACUUGCAGCUUUACAAUGA